UUCCAUUCGACUCUCGUCUCUGGUCUCUUUCCUUUUGCCAUCUGCUCAACAAGGCUUCUCUGUGUCCAAUGGCGGGCUCUGGGGACUCUACUAUAUCUUUACCUCUCCAGGCUUUGAUGAACAACAUGACUGGCUAUGAGGCCGCACACCCCUACUAUCCAUCAGAUGCAACCAUUGUCGGUUAUUCGGCCAAUGAAUCUACUGUUUUGUCGCUCUUGGGCUCUUUCGUAGCCGGAUGCGUUGCCAUCUUUGGGUUGACAUAUCUCGCUGUCAAAAAGGUGAAUCCAAGAUUGCCUACCUCUGAACUGCUCACGGUCAUGUGGUUUGUGCUGUGUGGAUGCAUACACUUGUUCUUUGAAGGCUAUUUUGCGUACAACAACGCGAAUUUGGGAGGGUUGCAGACUUUCUUCGGGCAGCUGUGGAAGGAGUACGCAUUGUCGGACUCGAGAUACUUGACACAAAAUACAUUUGUCUUCUGUGUUGAGGCUAUGACUGCUGUACUUUGGGGCCCAUUGAGCUUUGUAGUUGCGGUGCUGAUUGCAAUCGAUCAUCCAUUGAGGCACCCAUUGCAAGCGGCAGUGAGUCUUGGGCAAUGCUAUGGUGACAUGCUGUACUAUGCAACCAGUAUGGCAGAUCACUACUACCUAGGCAUCGAGUAUUCGCGACCAGAGGCGUACUACUUCUGGGGAUACUACUUUGGUGCCAACUUUUUCUGGAUUGUGAUACCUGGUGUACUCUUAUACAAUAGUAUCAGGACCAGCGCGGACGCCAUUCGACAAGUCCAGGCGUCUCAAGACUCGAAAAAGACCAUCUAAGGCGAUUAAUAGAAUGCGAGGGAGUGUGUGUCGAUAGAGAGAAUGAGCUAAUGUGUAGUUGCAUAUAUUUAAUCAGAUCAAAGCUGGACUGUCGACCUUUUAGAUACGCACAGACAUUU